AUGAAUCCGGACUCAUCCGCAGAGGGCGCGGCGAGUAUUGACGGUCGCUGCGACUCGCGGGGCGACGAUGGCGCGGGUUCGCGACGAGAUGGCGACGCGGCGAAGCGGGCGAACUCGCUGUCUGCUGCUUUGCGAAAUGCGGCGACUGUCGAGCAUCUGGACUUGACCGCUAGUGAUGACCUGCGCUGCACCAACCUCAUGUGCCCCCAGGUCACCGAGCCCUGCAUCUGUCGCCUGGGCGUUGCCCUCUCACGCUUGCCGCGCCUCACCUCCCUCACUCUCGCUCACAACGGCCUGGAGGCUCUCCCCGAUACACUCUCCUCCCUCACUGCCCUACGCCAUCUUGACCUCUCCCACAACCGCCUCUCCUCUCUGCCUCUCCACCUCACGUCCGCCCUACCACACCUCAAGUCUCUCGUCCUCUUUGGCAACCCCUGUGCUCCCUCCACACCUCCGCAUGACCACCCUCUGCAGCAAUCAAUUGUACCGUAG